AUGUGCAACCGUGGGCAUGGUCCUCCUUGCCAUAAACCCUCAGGAUCGUGGUUAUCUAACAUACAUAAACAGGAAAACAAUGACAGUAAGACAUUAACUAGACAUGUAAAUGAUUGAAUGAAUCACUGAAUGGCAUUUGGGUUAGUGCAUGUUAUGCUCGACGCAGUGAAAUAUUCUUCAGACUUUGAUCAGAACUGCUGGAGACAAAGUUAAUACACUGAAAGCACUCUGGGUGUGAAAAGAGUCACAGGUUUUCCUGUCAGCUUGUCAGACAGUGGAUACGCAGGUGAGUUUGAUGUUUUUAGUUAAUUUACUGUUUGUAUUAUUGUAUAUCAUAGAUUUCUUUUAAUUUAAUGAAUAACUGAUGAAGAAUUAUACAUGUUUUGCUUUUGAUCUAAUAGCAUUUGAUUGUAGUAUUGAUUGUACUGUCUUUCAUACAACAUAUCCUAAUGGUAAAAAUUGACCUUAUUUGUUUCUGUUAUUCAUGAUGUAUCUGUUCCCUCAGAUUGACGGGUUGCGAUGGCAGUGGCACAGGGGCCAUUCUUGGCUGCUGUACUGCUCUUUGUCUCCCUGGGGCUUCAUCGCUCCUCUCCCCUACCUGCCUGCCCAGAGCCCUGCACCUGUCAGAGAGCUCCCCUGUUGAACUGUUCCUCCUCUGGCCUUUCCCUGGUGCCACAAGGCAUCCAAGACUCUGUCACCGAGCUAGACUUGUCUCAUAACCUCCUUGACUCUGUAACACUCGACCAACCGCAUCGUAACCUCAAGAAUGUAUGGCUGGGAAACAAUAGUAUCACACGCUUGUCCCUCUGCAUCGAGAGAAAGGUGGGAGGCCGUUAUGUCAGUGGCAGACAUCUACGUCGCUUGAGACCUUGGAGCAAACAGGGAUGUGUAUCUUGGGCCCCCACCCUGCAGCUCCUCUCUGUUGAGAGGAAUCAGCUAGAGCAACUCCCAGAGGGGCUGGAAGGUAGUGAGUCAUUACAGGUUCUGCAGCUCUCCUUCAAUAGGAUCUCAACUUUACGACAAGAAGACCUCAGCCACCUUCGGCAGCUAAAAGAGCUACACCUGCAACAUAAUCUCAUCACAAGUCUCCAUCCACAGAUGUUUCAGGAGUUAGCCCAGCUCCAGGUCCUUGAUCUGAGCUUCAACAUGUUGACCAGUCUCCAUCCUUUGAUGUACGUUUCUCUGCGUAACAUGGGGGUGCAUGUUAGACUGGGUGGGAACAGAUGGCAGAAGAGACCUGCUACAGUUGGAGGAGGAUGA